CUGUCCAACAUGACAAUGACAACAGUCACUAUCUGGUCCAGGUGACUCGUUUGUGUCAUUCUGAAAGUUAAGGUAGUGUUUAAAUCAGUGAUACUGUGUGUAACAGGUAGAUCCUGAUCUGUGUGUCCUGAAACAAGACGACUCUAACUGAACUCAUCCUGUCAGACUGUUGGACUAAAGACAGAAAACUGAUAUCAUCCUAAGACAGACCAGGUACAUUCCUUCCACCUGUUCAUCAACCAAUCACGUCCAGGUCCAGGAUGUUGCUGUGUGUCGGUGUGAUGCUCCUGGUGGUGGCCUCAGAUCUGGGCCUCUGUUUGGAUGAAGACGACCUCGACACCCAGUGGGAACAGUGGAAGACCACCUAUGGAAAAGAAUAUGAUGAUUAUGAAGAGGUUUACCGCAAUAACAACUGGAAGAAGAACAUGCGAAUGAUUGAAGUCCACAACCAGGAGGCAGAGCAGGGCAAACACUCCUACAAACUGGGGAUGAACCAACUAGGAGACCUGGAUUUCAGCCCUACCAAGACAGACAUCUACAACCAGGGGACAAUGCAGGUCUGCCCCAAGGAUGACUACAGAACUGUGGUUUACGAUAGGAUUUGCUCAUUGCUGCUGCCCAGAUCUGUUGACUACCGUGAGGAAGGCAUGGUGACUCCAGUCAAGAACCAGGGACACUGUGACUCCUGUUGGGCCUUCAGUGCUGUGGGGGCCCUCGAGGGACAACUGGCCAAGAAAACAGGCAAACUGCUGGAGCUCAGUCCUCAGAACCUGGUGGACUGUGACCCAGAGAGUGAUGGCUGUGUCGGAGGACACAUGACUGACGCCUUUUACUAUGUGCUGACAAAUGGAAUAAACUCUGAGAGGGACUACCCGUACAUGGAAGAGAAGCAGCCCUGCCGCUACAAUGCAUCAGCCAUUGCAGCUCAGUGCAAAGACUUUAAGGAGAUUCCUGAGGGGGAUGAAUGUAUACUGGCUGCAACUCUGUAUAAAGUGGGUCCUCUGUCUGUGGCUAUCAACACCAACCACGUGAAGUUCAUGCUAUACAAGAGUGGUAUUUACUACAACCCAGAAUGUGACAAAGACAACAUCAGUCAUGCUGUGCUGUUAGUGGGCUAUGGAGAAACUGCAGAGGGGGAGAAGUACUGGAUUGUCAAGAACAGCUUUGGGACAUCUUGGGGUGAGGACGGAUACAUGCGGAUUGCACGUAACCGUGACAACCACUGUGGUAUUGCCAGUCAAGCCAGCUACCCAAUCAUGUGAAAGAACUACUGAAGGACACAGACUGAGCUGAUGAAGGGAUCAAACACUCAAGUCUCAGAAAUACUCCUUUAGAUAGAUAAUUUGUUAAUCAGCUACAUAUUUCAAGCUCUUUGUAUUAAUUAACAUGUUUUACUUUUUAAAAGAUUUAAUUCAAAUACCCUGUUGAGCCCCUCAUAGACACAUCCAGGUUUAAACACCUUCCUUUAAAAUAACAAAGUGCUCAGGAUUUACCUUGACACUGUUUUAUAGAAAAACCUAAAUUUCUAUCACCUUCCUUUUGUGUUUUUGUGUGUUGACAACCUGAAACCCUCAACAAAUGAAGCAAAAACUAUCUGCACCCUACCAGUGGUAAGUGAGAGUGACCUUUGACCUUUGACCAUCUGAUUCUAACCAGUUCAUCCUUGCCUCCGAGUGAAUGUUUGUACCAAAUUUGAAGAACUUCCCUCCAGGUGUUCCUGAGAUGUUGUGUAAACCUGUCGCCGGCGUGGAGGCAGAAAAAACAUUAAAGGAAGCCAUUUUG